UCGCCUACUGAGCGAUGUGUCGUGUUACAGUUUCUGAAUAAAACGCGAAUCGUAACUUUUAUAAUUAAUACCAGUCGUUCGAUAUAUCGUUUCGAAAAGUCGUCGCUGUAAAAAAGCUUAACACCAAAUAAUUUUCAUAUUUAAUAUUUAUUAUUUUUUUUAAAUUUUUUUUUUUUUUUUACAUAAAAAUUCGUUUAGACGCAAAGUGUACGCACAGAUAACAUCAGUCAAAGGUUUGACAAGAUGACUACGUGGUGCUCCGCAGUAAUGGUGUUGCUAGCAGUUGGCCGAGGUCUGGGCCGACCCGAAGCGCCGCUCACCGGUUUUGGCGGAGGCGGCGGUGGAUUCCCCGGGCUGACGCUGGACAGUUACGCAGCGCCGAUCAGUGGUGGCAGUAGCAGUGGACCUUACCCGAGUGGCGGCCCACCACCACAAUACGGACCACCUCAACAGGCGCCUGUCAUACAUAAGCACGUUUACGUACACGUUCCACCCCCAGAGCCCACGUACUAUGCCCCGAAGAAGCCUGUGCAACCGCCGCCACCACCACAAAAACACUACAAGAUCGUGUUCAUUAAGGCACCCACGCCACCACCACCCACCGUUCCAGAUAUACCAGCAAUCGCGCCACCAGCCGAGCAGAAAACGCUCAUCUACGUGCUGGUUAAGAAACCCGAUGAAGCGCCCGAGAUCCACAUCCCGACGCCCGCGCCCACGCAGCCAUCCAAACCGGAAGUCUAUUUCAUCAGAUACAAGACCCAGAAACAAGAAGGCUACCCCAACUCGGUGGCAUCCGAGUACGGAGCCCCUGCGAGUCCGUCUCCAUCGAUCCCAUCGGACACAUACGGCUCCCCAUCACCAUCCACAGGAUACGGCGCGCCCAGCGGUCCAGGAUCAAUGUACUGAUGGAAAAAUAAACUGCCACCGAAUCCAAGACCCAGACACGACACUAUGAUAUGAUACCCUAAGUCGUAUGUUAUAUACAUAGCUACUACAUGGUCUAAAAAUGAAAACGAUUAGAUUAUAAUAAAACAAGCAAUAUCAAAUAAAAUAAGAGUUUAUCUAUAGGUUAUGCACGCCGACACAUUGGCACACUGCGCAGAUGUACAUUAUAUUGUUAUUAUUAUUAUUAUUAUUAUUAUUAUUAUUGUUAUUAUUUUAUUAAUUAUAUAUCCGAACGUAGAACAACGAUAACGCGUAUAUAUAUACUUAUACAUAUAGAUAUAUAUAGAUAUAUAAUAUUAAAUUUAGUGUUGCCAUAAGAAAAAAAAUCUUAAAAGACGAGAAACGUCAGUUUCAAUAAUAGGUAAUAUAUAUUUAACGACCUAUUAUUGUCGUUGAAAAGAAAAGCAGAUGAUCUACAGGAAAUGUCGUCUCGAAAUUUACAUAAUAAUAGGUAUAUCGCAACCAAUACAACGGCCUAAACAAAAAAAAAUUUAAAAAAACAUAGGUACGACUUAUUAUUAAUAAUAUUAUCGUUAGCCCAUCCAUCGCACCGUCAUACGUUCGCACGUAAAAACGCACUUGCCAUGUCCGCCACGUUUAAAAGGACGACUUUUUAUAAUUAUUAUACGUCUUUGCGUCUCAUGCCUGCGGCUCCAUACCCUCAACUGACCAAGACACGUCUUUGUACACGCACACACAUACAAUUCACACAUAAAUAUUUAAUGUAUUAACGUAGACGUAAGUGCCCUAUACGUAAUCGUUUUUGUUUACUUUGUCCGGAUAAUAAUUAUUCCAUUAUAAAAAAAAAUAAAAAAAUAAAAAAGAUGUAUUAUCAUCAUAGUUUCAUACCUUUCAUAUCAUCACGUGUGAGUGUGUACGCGCGAGUGCGUGACCAUCACGACGUUUUCACUUUCUCUCGCUCUGAGCGUACCUACCUAUUCAGAAUUCUAAAUUCUCGUCAAAUUAUUAUGCAACUGGAUUUUUUCUUCACUUUGACGGAUUCCGUGAUACGUGGGUAUAUGGAUGUACCUAAUGUACCUAUAACGUUAUAGUUUACGCACAACGCACUAUUGAAUACCUAUACCAUACAAAUAUUAUGAUACAAUAGCAUUCACAUGAUAUAAUUGUAUAACGUAUGAUGCGCUCUGCUAACUACUGCGGCGACGUUGAUGGAUAACCAAGUAUCAAACAUUUUAUUUUUCGUCUUAAACACGCGUAGUUUACUCGGGUAAUUAUAAUGAGGACACAUCGGACUGCUAUAUAGCAGACCGAACGAAAUCACGGAUCUACGAUACCAAAUAAAAAAU